AUGUCGCUGAAUACACUGCCGCAGCACACUUGGCUUCUCGCCAUCCUCUUAGGCGUGGCAUGGCUCAUCCAGAAGCUGCGCGCAUGGAGAGCGAGACCCAAGCUCGACUUCCCCGUCAUGGGAGAACCCGGUAAAGCGGACUACUCAGAUGCGAUACUCGAGGGCUACCGGAAGGUAAAGAUAUUGCAGCUGUGCUACGACUUUCACGCUGACAGAUUGUGCUGUGUGAAGUAUCCUGACACUCCGUUCAUUAUCCCUGUCAAACCACCCCGCGUGAUAAUGCCAAUGUCGACGUACAAAGAUGCCAUGGUUGCUCCAACGAGCCAGCUCUCAUUCUUGACGAGCGUCUACGAGAUGUUCCAAGGGCGAUACACCCAUCUUGGUGUACACCAGGAACCCGUAGUGGCUACCAUCAAGGACGAAUUGACCAAGAGCAUCGCCGACAUUCUCCCCCUACUACAGGAUGAGUGCGACUAUGCCUUCGAAAAGGAGUUGGGUAGGCCCAAAGAGUGGACGCCCAUCCCGGUCCACGCCAAGAUGCUACGCUUCGUCGCCACCUUGAGUGGGCGCAUCUUUGUCGGCCUGCCCCUGUCUCGCGAGGAGGAGUGGAUCCAGGCCUCCAUCAACUACACGAGGGACUGCAUGGCCGUAGCCUACGCUUCUCAGAAAUGGAACGCUCUCAUUCGUCCGCUUGUUGUUCCCUUCCUGCCGGAAGUGCGAAAGGCGCAGAGAGACUUGAAAUUUGCCCGCGACAAGAUGGCCCCCAUAGUGGCAGAUGUCUUGAAAAGGCAUAAUUCGGAGAAAUCUGAACCGAUCAAAGCAGGAAGCAGAGGCGCCUUCGUUUCGUGGUUGUUGAAUCAUAUGCCUGAAAAACAGAAGAAUGCCGAGCGCGUGGGUAUCAACCAGAUGGUGCUAUCCUUUGUUUCGAUACACAGCACCUCGACGACGGUGACAUUUGCACUCUUCCACCUGGCAACAUACCCUGAGCACAUUGAGCCGUUGCGAGAAGAGUUGGAGCAGGUCAUCAAGGAAGACGGCCUGAAGAAGGACGCGAAAGGACACGCUUACCUGACGAAGAGCUCCUUCCAGAAGCUGAGGAAGCUUGAUAGUUUCCUCAAGGAGAGUCAACGCUGCAGUCCGCUGAUUCUUGUGACCGGCGCUCGAACCUGUCUGACGGAUUAUACUUUCUCUAACGGCGUCACCUUGCCAAAGGGCACUUUGGUCGCCUGGCCGCUGUGGGGGGUCUACAACUCAACCUCAACGGAGUUCUUGAGCCCAGAGUACAACGCCGAAACAGGGAAUCCUGGCCCAGAAGUCUUCGACGGGUUCCGCUUCGCCAGACUACGCGAGAUUCCAGGUCGCGAGGCGAAACACCAGGCUGUCCUGACCAACGAGGAAUCCCUGAACUUUGGCCACGGCUACCAAGCCUGUCCCGGACGCUUCUUCGCCGUCUACGAGAUCAAGGCGAUCAUCAUUGAGAUUCUCCGCAACUACGACAUCCGCUUGAAGGACGGCGUGAAGCCGAAAACCUGGAGCAAUGAGCUGCUUGUCAAUCCGGAUUUUGGCGCCAUGAUUGAGAUCAAGAGGCGAGAGACGUAG